AUGGUAACAACCCGCAAGCGGCCAUACUCUGGCGAUGCCCAAGCAUCAGCUGCACAGAGUGGCAGCAUCAAGUCUUCUCGAGCCAAGAGCACGACCGCUGAGAACGCUGCAGCAAGUAUCUCAGAUAACAAGAGAGAAGAUAUCGUCCAGGUCUGGCGACAUGGCGUUGCAGUCGCCGACCUCUACGGCGAUACAAUAGAUCCCGACAAUGUAUCCGAUAACGCACACUCGCAUGUCGUACCACAUCUCGACGCUCCUUUCUUCAUCCGUUCAGGUCUUCCCUGCGAAGCUAUCUCUGCACCUCGUUUGCCCUUUUACGGCAAUACUCAUACUCUAGCACAGGCUCUCGGCAAUCGACAUUCCGCCCUCCAAUUCCACAUCAACAAGUCGCAAUUUCUAUCCCGCAACUCCUUCGAUGGCCACCUCUCCUGUGUCAAUGCGCUUGCCUUCUCUCGCGACCAAGGCAGAUACCUCGCCAGUGGAGGUGAUGACUGCCAGAUUCACAUUCGAGACAUGUUUGUCGAUCUCUCCGACGAGCAGGAGCAAGUGCCCCUCGUUAUCCUUCAUGGCCACCAGUCCAACAUCUUUUCGCUAUCAUGGGCUGCACAGAACAAGUAUCUCUUCUCCACAGGCAACGACAGUCAGAUUCUCUACUACGAUGUCGAGCAUUCCAGCCUUUCCAUUCGUGGCACCGUCCCGAUGAAACCUGAGCCAAGGUCGCCCCUCAAUCCCAGUUCCAUAGGUGGACACGACGAUUCGGUUCCCGAGAUCUCAGCUCAUCCUACCAAUCCCAACCUGUUGCUCAGCUGCGACGAUAGUGGCAACUUGAAGUUGAUCGACAUUCGUAUUUCCCACGAGGCCGUUGCUGCAGCACGCUCCGAUGCCGUUGCUGGCUUUUCCUCUGUCCAGUGGAAUCCCAACACCUCUGAUGGCAACACUUUUGCAGCAGCCACUUGCGGCCGCAUCACUGGCAGUACUCGCCUCUACGACGUUCGUCAGUGCUUCGGCUCAGACGAGCAACGACCUCUUACGAACAAAGAUGCCGUCGUCAGGUAUCACACUGCUUUGAUGCAGAACUCUUCUACUCGAGGUCUCAUCGCUGCUGCUGCAGAGACCAACAGUGUUUGUUUCGACCCACAGGGUCGCUUCCUGGCUUCGAGCAUUUCGCGCUACCAUCCUACCAUCUAUGCCGUCAACGACCCUGACCCACUCGCCACACUCGAGUCUACUGUCGUACCUGAUCCUAUCGAUGACGGCUACUGCGAGUGGCUUGGCAUUCCCGAAGAUACCCCCUCGGCACCAAAGAAGCUAUCGUCUUGCUGCACUAUCAAGCAUGGCUCUUUUGGGCUUGAAAACCAAACAGGGAAGCUGCACUAUGCGAUCGGUAGCGAUGACUUCCGUGCUUAUGUUUUCGCUAUCCCUUCCAGAGAUGAGCUUGUGCUUCAACGCGAGUACGUCAACCGGGAGAAGUGGCUUCAUGAUACAGCGCAAUUGCAUCCACAGGCGCAAGACAAGACACCCAAGUUGGCUGCAUCCGAGGCUUCGGGGCCGACCCAGAACGCAGAGCUUCGUGGCAACGGCGGCGACAAUAAUGACGACGAUGGCGACAGCGAUCUGGAUUUGGUACCAGAGGAGCUGGUGGAUCACGACUCUGAAGUGGCCUACUGUGCCGGCUCCAUUUUGCGUGCUCCAAGCAUCGUACGCCCAGCCAGACUCAAACAGUUCGCCCACGUGCUUUGCGGCGGUCGAAGCAUUAUCAACACAGCGCUCAUCCACCCUACUUUGCCGCUGAUCCUGACUGCUGGCAUUACCUCCGAUAUAGGUAUCCAUUCGGCUUCCUUGCUCAGUGCGGUCGAGCUGCGUCCUCCGAGAUGGGAUCGGAAUGAGCGCGAAAAGGGUGGGACUCGACCACGCAUGCUUUUGCCUCCUACUAAUGCCGCUCUCAUUGACGAGGAUUCCGAGGAGGACUAUGAUGAAGAUGAAGAUGAUGAUGCAUUCGGGGUCGCUGGUGGUAUGGAUCGUAUUCCUUUGGUAAUUGGCUUUGGUGCGAGGGCUCGUGCUCGUUCGUAUGCUCGUCAACUGGCUGGUAGUGAUGAUGACUCCGACGCUGAUGAUGAUGGAAGCACUGAGGAGGAUGAAGACGAUGACAGCGACUCUGAUGAUGCAGAUUCCGAUGAUUCGCAAAGUGAAUCUGACGGCUCGAUGCAGGAUGAUGCAACACCCCAGCUCCAAGGCGAAGCAGCAGAACAAGCCGCCGAAGGUCAACUCGACGCUAUCAUGGAGUCUGCUGCCAAGAAUCAGCUCGCCGCAAUCGCAGUCGUUGCCGCAGCCGAUUUCGACUCCGAUGACGACACCCCCUUUGUUGAUCUCGGGCAUGCUACGGAUAGCUCAGAUGAACGCGACUCGGUCAACACCAAUGACAUCUCCGAUUCCGAAAUGCGAGAUGAAGAACUUGGACUGUUCCAGGAGGCUUUGACCGCACGCCUCCCCGUGGGUACUCAACAGCCAGUUCAGACCUCGGAUACUGACGCCGCGCCCGAAACCGACCAGGACGACGCUGUAGAUGCUGCAGAGAACGAGAUCCAGACGACAGCAGAGAACGACAAUGCCACGCAACAAAAUGUCUCGAUCGAAGGCAACAAUCGAACAAUGGAAGCUGCACAGCCCGACAUUCAGGCUUCAACACAGAAUGACGCUGCCGGAGGUGCAGUCAGCUUGAGUAGCAGCGAAGCAAGCUCGUCCGGAUCCAAAUACCUAUAUCGCCGUACAAGCUCGAACGAAGAAGCCCUCUAUGGUCCUUCUGCGCCAAGCCGAUCUCGGGAGAGUGAAGAGCGCGAGAUGAACCAGAUGCGCGAAACGAUUCAAAGAAUGCGAGCAGAAGAUGUGGCGACAAGAGAAAAACAGCGUCAACGUCAUCGUCAUCGUCGUCGUGGCGAGCUUGUGUCUCAUGAUGAAGACCAUGUCUCUGGGGACGAAGCCGUUGCCUCAACGAGUAAUGCUCCUCAGCAAUCGCAUCCACAACCGCAAUCGCAGUCAGCAGGGGAAGGAGAUGGGGGCGAAGAUGAAACGGUGGAUAACUUCCUCACAGCAAUGCGAAACGAUCCUCUCUACACAUCCUCCUCCGACCGGCUCGACUUCCAACAAGACCGACACAUUGACGUAUACUCUCUCUCGCAUCUUCGCCCCCACCUUGUCCCCUCUGGCAUAUCCUCCGCAUCCACCCCCUCCACCACUCCCUCAGACAUCAGCUCGAACUCCAGCGACAGUUACAAAUACGCAGACGAACACCCCAACUACGAUUCAUUCGAAGACUACGAUCCAUACGAAGAUGACGGAUACCACUCCACCUUUGCCGAUACCGAAUCUCUCAUCAACCGAGUAUAUGAUGAUAUAGAACGUAAUUCAGACAAUCCUUUCGAGUACUCCGAAAAUGGUAAAAUGUGGGCUAUGCAUAGAAGUAUGGUCAUUUUGGGCAAAGAGCACAAACGGAUGAGGAUAUUUGAUGAUUUGCUUAGGAGAGAUGAAAUGAAGAGUUUGACUGCCGGGUUUAGGAGGGUUCCGAAAGGCAACGGUGGGGAUGGAAGGAACGGGUUUACUUGUGGUAGUUGUAGGGGGAGAAUCGAUAGCGAUCCGUAA